AUGGUGCUUCUGAGAUCCCUCCGCCGAACCGCUACGGCAGUCUCCGUCGCUGCCUUCCGAUCUUCGAGAUCCUCCUCCGUCCCUAAUCAUCUCUUAAGCAAUCAUCUCCUCUCCACGCGAGGAUUCUUCGCUGUUUCUUCAUUUCCUUCCAAUCGAACACUUCCCGAUUGUAGGUAUCCUCGUGUAAUGGACAUUGGAAAAGUGCGAAACUUUAGCGAAGAUGUGUCACACAUGCCUGAAAUCAAAGACCCUGAUGUUCUUAAUGCUUUCAAAGAAUUGAUGGCUGCAGAUUGGGCAGAGCUACCUUCUGAUGCUGUUCACGAUGCGAAAAGCGCAAUAUCGAAAACAACAGAUGACAAGGCGGGGCAAGAGUCUUUAACGAAUGUGUUCCGAGCAGCUGAAGCUGUUGAGGAAUUUGGUGGGAUUCUCACUUCUAUUAAGAUGGAAAUCGAUGAUAGCAUUGGAAUGAGUGGAGAGAAUGUAAAGCCUUUACCCAGUGAUUUAGCCAAGGCACUACAUACAGUUUAUCAGAGGUAUGCUGAGUAUUUAGAUUCCUUUGAGUCUGAUGAAGUCUACUUGAAGAAGAAGGUUGAGAUGGAGUUAGGGACAAAGAUGAUCCACUUGAAGAUGAGAUGCAGUGGGCUUGGUUCAGAAUGGGGAAAGGUUACGGUUCUUGGAACCUCAGGACUCUCGGGGUCUUAUGUGGAGCAAAGGGCAUAA